GGAAUUUUUUCUCAAUACUAAAUGGCUUAAAGCUGAUACUUACAUUCGCCACUGCGCAUUGUUGGGAUCAAAUUGCUUUUACCUGAUAUAUUCUAGUUCUUUGAAGCGAUAAGCUGGUUACUCAUUCUGCUAUCAUUAGCAUAUUGCCACUGCCUAAACUUAUUCCUACGGUCAUUCAAUUUUGAUGCACGUGUACUGAGGAUGAGAGUCUCCCUGGUCCGAACCUUUCUAUCUGCCAUUGGGUUUUUUUUACCUUACUUGAUUAGAUUUGUAUUUUGUUGUUACUUUUGAAUUUUGAUAUGCAUAGCUUAAUUCACAAUCUCUCUCUCGCUCUCUUUUUUCCUUCAAAAAGAGGAGAGCAGGUGCACUUAUGUUGUGCAAUGGAAGAACUAAUGCCUUCAAUCGGCUCUUCUGUUCCUUCGCCGUCAUUACUUGCUGUAACCAUCUGUCAAUCAGAGUCAACGCUCCAGAAUGUUGCCAAGUUAUACCGGGAUGUGCCUAACACUCCUCAGACCAAGGAUUUUGAUAAUCCUUUUGAUUUCUAUGAGGAGACUCAACUUCUUUCUAAGUCACACAUGAUUUCAAUUUCUGAUGAUGGCAAAGUAUGUAAUUGGCUUCUGACUGCUAAAGAGAUAGUAGAAAGGGAUGUCGAGGUUAUCCCAUACACAGGAGAGGAUGCUGAUGGUAUAGCUUCCACUGACGGUAUCAACCUGGAAAGAAACAAGCAGCAGGAAAAUUUGAGCGGCAAUAAAGGUCGGUCAUCAUCUGUUGCCAGUGAGGAGAAUACAACAUUCAAGGCAAGGAAUCUCUUGCUCCCCUUUCUUAUUCUUAAAAUUUUGGAAUUUCAGCUUUUAUCUUAGAUCCUUACCUAAGUGCAUUUGAGAAUGGUCUUUCUUCGAAAUGUAAGCUUAAUGGUGAUUGCGUACUUAAUACAUAGUCUUUGCCACCCAUAUUGGCUUACUCAUUUCUUGCUUCUAAAAUCAUCUACAUUUUGAAGGUUCUUAAGUGUGUGUAUUAAUUGAGCAUAAUCAUUAUCUUCCUAAUAGGGGUUUCUUAUUUUGCUUGGACCUGUUAGCUAACGUUUCCAAGCUCGUAUGUAACUAGACUUUUGUAAGAAAGCUGUCAAAUUGUUAGGAUGAAGAGCCUUCAAAGAAAAUUAAUUGCAUCCAUCAGGGGAAGCUAAUUAGCAAUGGCUUAAGAUGCUUGCUUUUCUUAGGUGGUACAAACAGUGAAGGACUAGUUAAUGUAGCAUAUUUACAAUGAUAAGCACUGUUACUGUAGCACAUCUGUGAUGCUAAGUCCAUGAGGUCUUUAUUACUUGUCAAGAGUGUGAGAAGUAACAUGCUUAUUGUUUUUUUCUUGUAUUCACUUGUUAUUGUGGGGAAUGAACUAAAACCGUUUUGUUCUUUCUGGAUCAUUUACGCAAACUAACGAGACCAAUAACGGAUGCAGAUAUGCUUGGUUGGGCAGUUGCAGCUUCUUUCUUCUACAUUAACAAUGCUGGCGGUGCCAUCUCCUUCUCUAACAGCUACUUUAGCUCGUAAGUCUCAUCUUUCUGCUUUUAUUUGUUUCAUUUCCAGUAUUGAUUACUUUUUUGAGUUAGCAGUACCUUUAGUGCUGCUACUGCCAAUUGUUUAAUGAGGUGAUACCUAAAUUGGAAACAAAUUGGUUAAUGAGAUAAUAUCACGCAGGUGGGGGGAAUUAUCCUGCUGUAGCUAUCCCACUUGUUGCUUUAGGAACUCAGAGUGGAAUGAUUGAUAUUGUUGAUGUCUCUGCUAAUGCUGUUGCGGCUAGUUUUUCUGUUCACACAAGCGCAGUUCGUGGUCUGCGAUGGCUUGGAAACUCUAGAUUGGUUUCAUUUUCUUACAAUCAGGUGCAGAUCUAUCUAAUUUUUUGUCAUUACUUAAUCACGGCAUUGUAAACUUGAAUAUGUUCUAUCCUGCCAUUUCAACACUUUGUACAUGUUGGAGCCAGGCUAAUGAAAAAACUGGAGGUUAUGUCAAUAGGCUUGUCGUGACCUGUGUUAGAAGUGGCCUUAACAGACCAUUUCGAGUUUUACACAAGCCAGAGCGAGCACCAAUUAGAGCUUUACGGGCUUCUUCAUCAGGAAGGUAACUGGAAAGUUCAAAUGUUGAUUAACUUAUCUCUAUAAUGCCUUCCAACCGCAUGGUUGAUAUAUCGUAACAUUUUUCUUAUUUUCAUCUCAAAUUGUGCGGUUGUCAAAUUUAGGUAUCUCCUUAUUUUGUUUCGUGAUGCACCCGUGGAAGUUUGGGCAAUGACAAAAAGUCCCAUUAUGGUUUGUUGUCAAAUACCUUCUCUUUUCAUAUUCUCCAAUUGGUUACAUUUUAACUGUUUAUGUUAAUACCAGCUGCCUUAAUUCUAUCAAGGUGUGAAUUUGGUUACAAAUAGCAUAUUCUAGUAUACGAGAAAAUUCUAUCUGUUUCGUCUUGCAUAUCUAUUUUAAUAUCCUUCGGCUCUUUUAUUUCUCACCUCCAUGUAAUUCUUAAUAGGAAGUUGUUAACUAACUAUAGUUUUGCUCAGCAAAUUAAUCUUGGGUUUCCCAGACCAUAGCAGUCAUCCAUGCUGCCUUUUCAGCCUUCUUCCUAAAUAGUUCCUUUUUCCCUUUAUCUUCUUUUGGGGUUCUAACUUCUAUGUGCUGGGGGUCCUGAGAUUUUUGACAUUUUCUUCAACCUCCUAAGGUCUUCUCCUGUUGGCUUCUUGUGGACCAUAGUUUGUUCUUUUCAUUUUGAUAUGUCAAAUGGCUUCAACUGUCAAGACUCAAGAGGAACAUGUAGAUGGAAGUAAUGUUGGUAUGAAGUUUAACA